AUGAAAGGGAGCAAGGAUACACAAGCGUCACAAUCGCAAACACAAGCGCCAAGUUCAGGCUCGCAGUUCUUCGACUCGUUCUUUGCCUCUGCAUUGCAGCGUGCCAACAUGUCCUCGAGCGAACUGCAGGGGUUGACCGAUCAGCUCAAAACCGCAGCGCAUCCUGUCGCUGCGGUAAGCAACGAUAUCUACGCACCUGAUGGGAACGGCUUGGAUUGUGGUCGUGAUCCAGGUGAUGUGCCGGACCCAACCGAAACAGCAGCGUCAAACUCGAACUCGAACUCGAAAUCAAGACAGCAGUCGUCAGCUCUCGCUAAUGGCGUAUCGUCCCUUAACUUGGGAGCCGCCAGCCCUGCUCUUCCUUCCAGCUCGUCUACCUCAUACGUGCAAGCCAGCUCAUCCAACAUGUCUCCCUCUGCAUCCGCAUCUGCAUCCAUCAUGCAGCAUCACCACUCGAACGCACGUGCUGCUGCCACUGCGCUGCUAUCUCGCUCCAGUUCUGCCGGGCCAGCAGCAGCCGCCGGGACACACGGUAGCGCGUCGACCAAGAUGUCGGCCGACUUGGACCUGCUCGCCACCACGCGCGGUGGAGGACUGGGCACCCCCACAGGUGAACGCACGUACAUCGGCUCCUCCUGGGCGCCCUCUGGCACCGCCACGCCCGUCAUGGACAACAACGGUCUCGGCUGGCCAGCCAAAGCGACGCUCGACCGGCUCCACCACACUCCGGCCCAAGCAGAAGCCAACCAGGCGCGCCUCGCCAACGCCAUCCAGACCGUGCUUGAGUGCAUCGGUGAAGAUCCUUCGAGGAGUGGGUUGGCCAAGACACCGGAACGCUACGCCAAGGCGCUGCUCUGGAUGACGCGCGGCUACGAGGUGCGGCUGUCGGACGUGAUUGCAAACGCGAUCUUUGACGAGGAGCACGACGAGAUGGUCAUUGUCAAGGACAUUGAGAUUUUCUCCUUGUGCGAGCAUCACAUGGUUCCGUUUACGGGCAAGAUCCAUAUUGGGUACAUCCCCAACCGGCUCGUGAUCGGGCUGAGCAAGCUCGCGAGAAUCGCAGAGACGUUUGCGCGCAGGCUGCAGGUGCAGGAGCGGCUGACGAAGCAGGUGGCCCUCGCGUUGGACGAGGCGCUGCGCCCCCAAGGCGUUGCGGUGGUGGUCGAGUGCGAGCAUCUGUGCAUGGCCAUGCGCGGCGUCCAGAAGCCCGGCGCGACGACGGUGACCAGUUGCAUGUUGGGCGUUUUUAGAGAUAGGCAAAAGACCAGGGAGGAAUUCUUGAGCUUGAUCAACAAGAGGUAG